AGGCAGGGCCGGGCAGCCGGAGGCCGCUCCGUCCCGCUUCUCCCCGGGCACACGGCCCGCACCCCCUCUGGCCGCGCCCGAUGGAGCCGGGGUCGGUGGCCGGUAAGGCGUCACGGCUGCGGGGUUACCUCAGGUGAUUCGCACCGUGCCAUUUCACUGGGCACCGCGGGCGAGGGUGUGCCCGGUAAUGGAAUUUGACCCUCUGACGCACCCUCGAUCGAUUAAAACAUUCCGCCAAGUCCCUGAGCUUUCGCACGCUCCUCAUCGCCUGAGAUAGAAAGUGCACGCGAGGGUUUGCCCCCGCAGGGGAGGGCACUGCUGGUGCUCUCGGGCAGGAGCAGGCAAGGAUGGUGUGAGCCCGGCGGCCACACGCAAAUCCGACCGCUGUGCGAGCUGCGAGACAGCGGCGGGCUGAGGUGGAGCAGGAGGAGUUAGUCAGGGGCUGAGUCACGAUUGGGUUCCCCCCCCAAGCCUGUCUUUUCCUGUUUGCCUGUGGUCUGCAGACUGCCCCGUGUUCCGAUUUAACCUCCUUUUUUUUUUUUUUUUUUUUUUUUUUUUUGCUAGGGAUGACAUCUAAGGAUGCUUCAGGUGAAGCUAAUAGUAACUGGAGAUGACUUCGGCUAUUGUCCUCGGAGAAACCAAGGCAUUGUGGAUUGUUUCCUGGCUGGUGCGAUAUCUAACGUGUCCCUUCUAGUCAACGGAAGUGCUGCAGCAGAUGCAGCCAAGCUGGCAAGGAGACACAACAUCCCAAUAGGCCUGCAUGCCAACCUCUCCGAGGGCUCCCCUGUAUGUGAGGGGCUCAAGACAAACUCUUCUCUGCUCAACCAAGAUGGAUUCUUCCACGGAAAAAUGGGAUUCAGAACAGCUCUAUCAAAAGGUCUCCUGAAUAUGUCAGAGGUGAAGCAGGAGCUGAAGGCCCAGGUGGAGCUGUUCCAUGAGCUGACAGGUCACCUACCUCCUCACAUGGAUGGGCACCAGCACGUCCAUGUUCUCCCAGAGGUCAGACACGUAUUUGCAGAGGUGUUAGAGGAAUAUGGGAUUAAGUACACACGUGUCCCAAUAGAGCCAGGCCUUCAUAACUGUGACUGGAUUCCACCAUCCCUGAUGGACUUUUACCUGGGAAUAGAAGAAGAUUCUUUUAACACAGUGGAUGUGUUUACAAAGCAUGGAAUAAGCAUUAACAGCAGUGUUCCCUCCUCUGGCUGCAGGUGGCCAGACAUUUACAUAGGCUUGAGCACCAUGGGCAGGAACAUGUCUGUCAGCAGCAUCCGGAGUGCCAUCGACAGCGCCGUCCUGCAGCUCACGGCCAGGGCACUGCAGAGCAGCACAGGGACAAUCGAACUGAUGGUGCACCCAGGCUACCCCAGUGUCCCACCUGUCGGCGGCUGUGGGGAAGGACCAGAUGAUUUCUCACAGUCCUGGGAACGCCUCCAUGAACUCCAGACAUUAAUUAAACCGGAGCUGCAGAGCCAUUACAAAAGCAGGAACAUUCAACUGUGUUCAUUCAAAGAUCUUUAA